UUUUCCUACUGAACCUCAUUCCUCCACUGGAACCACCUGUGCGCAUGGGACACACACUGGUCUCGAUCAGCUCGGAGGAGAAACACGCACUGUGUCGAUCAAAGUUUUACUUUCUGGUUUCUAUUUCCAUCGGACACAUGAUGAGAAGCUGAUGAAGAGACUCUCUGGAGUUAACUGACUUUACUUAGAAGGAUAUUUUGUCGUUUUGGUGGAUAUUUAAACACAAUGGAUCAGGAGGACGCGUGGGACUUCAAGGCCCUGAGAGCCAAGUUCCAGCUGGAUGAAAACCUCCUGAAGCAGCCCAAACCUCCAACCAUCAAACCUGCUGUCCCAGACAAACCCAAGCUGGUCCUUCCUCCCACGAGCCCCGCUGCCUACCUCCCUGCAGGAGCACGCCCCUCCCUGCUCACCUCCAUCAACCACAGCGUGGAGGGGAGGACGGCGGGCGCCCCCAGAGUGAUCUUCAAGGAAGGGAAGAAGGAGAUCAAAAUGCCUCUCAUCCAGAUGAACACCAAGGGGAAAGAUAAGAGUGAAGUAAAGCUGAAAAAAACUAAAGACAAGACAACGAAAGGGGACGAUUCGGAGGAUCAGAAGCCGAAGAAGAAGCUCCCGCUGCUUCCCCUGGCACCGAAGGAGAGCACUGCAGAGCUGGUGGCAGCCCCAGCUCCACCUAAAGUCAUCGCACCAAAGAAGAAGGGCUUCCUGGGUUUCAGGAGGACAUCUAAAACAUUGUCAGCGGAAGUCCCAGCAGAUGCCAUCCUGGACACCCCCAGCGUAGACGUCCCUGGACCAGCUCCACUUAUACCAACUCCAGUUAUCCCAGCUCCAGUUAUCCCAGCUUCACUUAUCCCAGCUCCAGUCAUCCCAGCACCGUCUGAGUUUGGUGACGUGCCACCAGUGCCCCAAUUCGCCGCACCAAAGGUGCUUCUACCAAACAUCCCCACCAUCAUAGCUGACUCAAGUGCUGCUCAAGUGGAAAUCCCCUCCCCCUCCACUAUCCCUGCCUCUCCCAACUUCGCACCACCUCCCGCCUUCAUUCCCGACAUCCCAACUCCUACAGUGACAACCCCGGAGAGCGAAACUACACCUGAGAUAGAAACUCCCGCUCUGCACGUUUCCAGGCCCGCCAGCCCAGAUGAUUCCAUUCAAGGUCCACCCAGUGCCGCCCCGACCCCUCCACCCAGUCGUGCCAUCUCUCGUCGUCCUCCUACAUUGGUGGUCUCCGCUCUCGCUCUAUCGCCUCCAUCACCUCCAUCACCUCCAUCGCCUCCAUCACCUCCUGAGGUCGUAGCUCCGGUUGCCAUAGAGGCUGAGGUGGAGACGCCUCCUACUCCACCAGCAACAGACCCCGCAUCCGGUCCACCGUCCCCCAAAGCCGAGCGCUCGAUCUCGGCCCUCUCGGCCCUCUCCAGAGCGGAGGACAUGAGCCCGGCGAAAAAGUGUGACCAGAGGAUCUUCAACGCUCUGGCGAAGGCACGCAGGAAGAACAGCAAUCCGACAAGCCCCAGACCCCUCUCCAUGACCACACCUUCGGAAGAUCUUCCCCUGAGUCUCACCGGCUCAAAUCUGGAUUUCCCACCCAUUGAUUACCAGGGGAACCCACCGAAACCAGUUAACGGUCUUGACCACAGACAAGUCUCUCCAGUGUUGGACGGUAUCACCGACGCUAUCCCUGAGCGAUUGGUGCUUCCACCUGUUCCACCCAAGAAGGCCCUCCCAGUCCCUCCGUCUCUGGGUCUUCCUCCAGUGAAACCAGAAAGGCCUCGCUCCGUCAACCUGACUGGAUUCAUCCCUCUGACUCCUGUGGAAGAUAACGAGAUCCCUUCUACUCCUGGAUUCACAGAGACUGAUGUCCCAGAGUUUGACGAUGUGGUCACAGAUGUUGAUUCUCCAGGGCUGCAGGUGUCAGACUGGGGGAAUGGGGACUACGAAGGUCCAGAUUCUCCAGACGGACAGAACCUGCCAGAGUUUUUCGGUAACGGGAUGACUCCUCCAGGAGCGGAGGUCCACGCAGAACCAGUGUUUGGGGCUCAGUACCAACAUAAUCUACUACCAGAGACCUCCCUACCGGUCUCUGAGGGAUCUCCACAGCUGCCACGGCUCCAUGCUGAUGUUGCCAACGGUGACUACGAGAGCACAGAUAACCUCUACGAGGAUGUCGGCGCGUCGGCAGGCAAAAAGAAAGGAAAGAGUGACGUUGGCAAGAAACGCAAAGGACCACCAAAGAAUCCAUACGCUGCUGAGGCACAACCGGAAGUCCAUAAUGAAGAGAAAGUCAAGACGGGCAGGUUCGGCAGGAUCGACAAGAAAGCCGCCGCAGAAGGGCCGGAUGAGAAAGAGCUGAAGAAGAGAGAGAAGCAGCGUCUAGAGAAGGAGAAGAAGGAGUUGAAGGAGAGACAAGAGAGGGAGAAGAAAGAGCAGAAAGAGAGGGAGAAGAGGGAGAAUGAGAUGAAGAAGAAAUUCAAAGUCACAGGUCAGGAGGACGCCAUGUACCAGGCACAAGUAACCGUGACGACCAAGGGACGCAAGAACGACCUGCCCAUCACCAGCGGCGACAUCGUCAGCAUCAUCCGAACAACCAACUGUCCCAAAGGGAAGUGGCUGGCCAGGGACAGCAGCAACAACAACUAUGGGUACAUCGCAGUGGAUCACGUGAAGCUGGACAUCGAGGAGAUGCUGAAGCUGGGAAAGCAGGCCGGCAUCACUCGCCAGAUCAGCAAAACCAAUGUUCCGGAGGAGGAUACCCACACGGACGGCGGGCCCUCAAACCACUAUCCGAACCAAGGAGAAAGUUUCACAGAUGACAGCGAGGAGUGGACUGCUGACGAUGAGGAACCGUUCUCUCCUCCCCCCGACACCGUAGACUACUCCACCACUCUGCCUCCAAUCAACCACAGCAGGGCGUUCUCAAUGCCAGACAUGGGAAACAAAGACAUUAGCAUAAACCACCAGCACAGUCGAAGUGACAUCAACUCAGAUGGCGGCUCCCAUGUCGAAGCAAGACAUGAAGCACUUCAGAAGUUGGCCACAUUUUUCCAUUCACCACAACGUGUGGAGCCAGCUGCCAGCAGCUCUGAACCAGAGACAAGUCCUGUGCUUGUGGAGGAGGAAGCAGCUCCCUUGCCUGAAGCUAGUGUAACACAGGAGGCGGAUUUGGAUCCAACUGAUAUGCUCAUUUUGCCUCCUCCUGACCUGUAUGCUUGAAUGUGGAGUAAUUAAAACAAGCAGGACAUAAAGCAGCCAGACAGAGGAAACAGGAUUUAUCUGUGUUUCUAUUCUUCACACUGUGACCCGUGUCAGUCACCUACUACUGUGACAGUAACUUCGUCUUCUUCACUAUGACCUUAUUUACCUGGUGACUGCAUUCGUGGAUCAGUAUGAUGAUGAUGAUGAUGAUGAUGAUGAAGAGGAGCGAGAUAUGGGAUUUUUUUUUGUCGACGAGCGAUGCAUCAUCUCAGCUAUUUUUGUGCGUUUUUUUACUGAAGCGCUCGGUGUGAAACCAGAGAGGGACAGUUUGCCUGGUGGCUCCGAGUGACUUUGAACUUUGGACCGAGAUGAACUGCUGAUCCCAGGGAAGGACUUACAAGGUGUUGCAGACACACUCACCCUGGAGGCUAUUGAAGGGAAAAAUGACACACUUCAUCUAUUUACAGUGGUGGAAAUAAGGGGAGGACAAUGGGAAAUGUCGAUUUUUCAUCGGACCAGGGUAUUGUUUAGGUUGAGGCACCAUCCUGAGGAAAUACACAUCAAACACAAGCAGUGAAAAACAGUUUACUAAUCAUUUACAUCCAGUAAUCAAUAGUCUUUAUUCUACCAGGUUGUUCCUCAGGAUCAACCACUAAUCCACAAGGGUUUCAAGGGUACACUUGUUACCAGUUUACAGUGUUGGUAUCCAAGGAGUGAAUAGUAAUAUAGCUGAUAAACUUUUAAAUGAACAAAGACUUUAAGGACCAGUUUGUAGGAUUUAGUGACAUCUAGUGGUGACGUUGUAGAUUGCAACCAACUGAAUUCCCUUUCGCUCAUCCCUCCCUUUCUAAACGUGUCAGAGAAACUAAGGUUCUACUACUUCACUUAAUGUAAACACCAAGGGGCAACCUGAAAAGUGAAGUCAAUGCUGAAGUGCCUUAAACUUGCAUUAUUUUUAACAGCCAGCAGGGGGCGACUCCUCUGGUUGCUAAAAGAAGUCUGAUUGUGUAGAAGUCUAUGAGAA